UUUAAUUGUUUCUUAUAAAGAGCAUUGACCUACUUUUCUCCCUAAUUGCUUCCUUUCCUUUUAAUUUAGCUCUACUUUUCCUUUUAUUUGUGUCUGUGUCUGAAACAAAAACCUUUCUUUUUUUUUCCCAUCUCAAUCCACUCCAUAGAUCAAGACAAUCAACAAGCAUGUUUGGAUGUCCUGAGACAGAAAGAAUAGAUGAGAUAGCAAAGAAGGUGAAGAAAGAGGGAGAAUUAUUAUUAUCAUCAAGUUGUAGUGAAAGUGAAAUAGAAAGAAUGGGGAGGAAGCAAAGCUUAAACACAGUGACACCAUGUGCUGCUUGCAAGCUUCUUAGAAGAAGGUGUGCUGAGGAGUGUCCCUUCUCUCCUUAUUUCUCACCACAUGAGCCUCAAAAGUUUGCUGCUGUUCAUAAAGUCUUUGGUGCAAGCAAUGUCUCCAAGAUGCUCAUGGAAGUAGGAGAGGGGCAAAGAGCAGAUGCAGCAAACAGUUUGGUAUAUGAAGCAAACUUGAGAUUAAGAGAUCCGGUUUAUGGAUGCAUGGGUGCAAUUUCAGGUUUGCAGCAACAAAUUCAAACAUUGCAAGCGGAAGUCAAUGCUGUUAGGGCUGAGAUUCUCAAAUACAAAUAUAGAGAAGCUGCUGCCACUGCCACUGCCACUCUCAUUUCCAUGAAUCAUCAUCAUCAUCUUCCAUCUAAUAAUAAUAAUAAUCAAGCACCAAUUAUAAUCAAUAAUAAUAAUGAUAAUAAUGCUGCAAACUCUUCAUCACAACAACAAGGUAUUUCUCAACCUCCUCCUCUUCCUCCUCCGCCUUUGCGCCCUGCGCCGCCAAAUCCAUCUUUACCUUCACCUUCUACUGUUGUGCUUUCUUCAUCUUUGUCUUCGUCUUCGGCUUCUUCUGUUUACAACAACACUCCACCUAAAACCACAUUGAGUCAUGGAUCCAUUACUAGUGAAAGUGUUCCUUACUUUGCUUAAUUAAUUAUUUGGUCUAAUAAUUAAUUAGUAUGAUGUCCAAUUUUUGUUUCUUUUUUUUAUUUUUAAUUAAAAUAUUCAUUAUUUUGUGUGGGGAAAUUGAACAACCAUGCUACUAAUUCCAACUCUUGUAUGUCUCUUAGCUUGAGUCAUGGCCUUAUAUUUUAAUUUGGUCUUCUCUCCUGUUUUGGUUGGUUGAGAGAGCUUCAAUUAUGGGGAAGGGAAAUCCACAUUCAUUAUUAUUGUUCCCUAGUGAUACUCUCAACUUGUAGUAGUAUUCUUUAUAUUUAUUUUCACAUGCGCAUAUAUAUUACGA